UCCUAUUGUGCGCUUUGCGAGGAUAGGGCAGCGAUGAAAACGCGCACCUGCUUUACAGGCAUUACGGUAACGCGGCAAACUGUCCCCUCGCAACACACACACUCCACACUCGUACACACACACACACACACACCCUGCACUAGUGAUUCAACCCUGAUUUCCAGCGAACGAGCAAGCAACAGACGAGAUGCCAAAAAGUGAGGACCGCUGGAGAGGUUAUACACGCUGAAUAAGCCUCUUGAAUCGCGGGGGAAGCGGACGCAACACAACAAGACGCUCAUUCUCCGCGGCAACUUGCGCACAGUGCCAGAGUUUUAGCGGCAGUAUUGUUCUGACUUCACUCCAGAGGGGCCACUUCGAGGAGAGAGGACGCACACAAAAGGGAAAAGGAAAGGACUAACGAGCACGCUUUGUCGUUGAAAGUAAUGGUCCUGCGAUCUUAGAUCCUAGAUUUCCCUCUCUCUCCUCUCUUUCUUUCAAUUUUUGUUUUGAAAUUUUUCCCCCCGUCUCUUCGGUUUGUGUCCCCCUUUGUCGCCGUGAGAGAGUGGACGCGCCGGAGGUUUGAGGAGCAGAAGCGGGGCUGUCCACAUGGUCCAACCACUGGCGUGAAAGUUGACUUCUUCAGAAACCAAGAGAACAGGUGCCAGUGAUGAUGGUGGAAUCAGCCUCUGAGACCAUUCGAACAACGCCAUCCAACCAGAACGGAGUCAGCAGCCUCAGCAGCCAAUCGGAUGGAGGGGGAGGUAGGGAGGGCGGGUCUAACGGAGACGCCAAUGGAGAGAUCAGUCCAGUGGACUUACUGCACCUGCAACAGCAACAGGCGCUCCAGGCAGCCAGGCAGUUCCUGCUCCAGCAGGCAUCUGGACUCAACUCCCCUGGCAGCAAUGAGGUCAAACAGAGCCCUGUGCAGGUCCCAGUGUCCAUGGCUAUGAUGAGUCCACAGAUGAUCACUCCUCAGCAAAUGCAACAGAUCCUUUCUCCCCCUCAGCUCCAGGCCUUGCUCCAGCAACAGCAGGCUUUAAUGCUACAGCAGCAUCAGCCCGUGACUCACAGGGAGUCAGGAGUGUAUUGGUGCCCAGCAGGUAAUAGAGGGGUUGCCAUGUAG